AUGGAUGAGGUGAAGAAAGUGGUCUUAAAUGAAAAUUGUUCAGCUGCCAUGUUGAACAAAUUGCCUAAGAAGAAGGGUGAUCCAAGAAGCUUAACCUUACCUUGUCAAUUCGAAAACUUUGCUACUAUUUACACAUUGGCUGAUUCGGGGGCAAGUGUAAAUCUCAUGCCAAACUUAUUCUUCAAAAAAUUAGAUCUUUCGAAGCCAAGGCCAAUUCGAAAGGAAAUUCACUUAGCAAAUAAAAUGGUCACAUUUCCAAGGGGAGUAUACGAAGAUCUAUUGGUUAAAGUUGAUAAGUUUGUGUUCCCCACGAAUUUCAUAGUACUAGACAUGGAAGCAGACCCUCAAGUUCCAAUCAUACUUGGAAGUCCUUUCCUCAACACCGCGAGUGCUAUAGUUGACAUGCGAGAUUCUAAACUUACUCUUCGGGUGGGAGAAGAAUUAGUUACAUUUGGAGUUGAUCAAGCUAUGAAGCAUGCAAGGAAUAGUGAUGACACAACAUUCUCGGUUGAUAUGUUGGAAGAGUUAAUGGAGGAAUGGAAAGAAGACGAGCCAAACUAG